UCAUCGUUCGCUUUCGUCUGGUUUCUUGAGAUCUGCGCUGAAACGGACCAACGUCGUCAGUAGAAAAGUGCUGUGGAUUAUUUUUUACGCAAGAUUCAACUCGUCAAAGACAAUCUCCUGAAAGAAGUGACCAAGUGAAGCUUAUGCGUCAGCUUCAGUGAAAGUGGAAAAAGAAAAAAAGCCAUUGAAAAUUUCACACCUUCCCGGGUCAAUGAAAAGUGCACGCACGGGGCGUACGCGACAAAAUCCUCGUCAUCAUCGUCUGUGAAAAGUAUGCGGGGCGGGACGCGGUCGACAGACAAUCGGGUUCGAAUAUCGACGGUAGAGGAAAAUUAAACGCCAGUGCAUUGAGAUUUUCGAAAAUACGCAAUAAUAAUCGGUGAAAAUAAUGCUGCGACGUGGAUUAUGAGACAGCAUUACAGAAUUGAUAGGAAAAAAAAAACAAACCACGGCGCAACCAUCAUCAUCACCAUCUCGCGGUCGCGGUCAGAGCGGAAGCAGUGUGAUUGUGAGUGAAGUACCUAUCUCUAGUGCAGAGUAAAAAAUUUCGGCAGCUCCGUGGAACGGAAAAGCAAAACAAGAAGAGUGCAUCGGAGUGCAACCCGGAACAAGUGAAGAAGAAAGUGUGCUCUUCUGCGUGCACACUCGCUCUGGUGCAGUGAAAAGUUGAAUCACUGGAAAGUCCCCUCGCCACCAGUCAGCAGUGGUAAACGUCUCGUCGGUCGUGGUACGUUCACAAGUCGGGUGUUGUUCACGAGGUGUGGUGUGUUUUGAUGUUGGGAAAAUCAGCAGUGAUAUAGGCCUACAGAAAAAUAGGCGAUUACAGAGUUCUUUUUUUCGCGCACGUCUGGCAAAGGCGACGACGUCGAUUUAUCAUCAACAACAAUUAGCCUGUCCCGUCUGACCGAUUGCCAGUCGGUGGUAGGAGAAGAACGGUGAAAAGUGUUGGAAGUGACGAACCAAUCCGGAUAAUGGCCGAUCAGAAUGAAAAAAUCCUUCACCGUCUGCUGCAGAUUGACGGCAACAACGAGUGCGCGGAUUGCGGAGCAAAAUAUCCAGAAUGGGCUUCAUACAACAUUGGAAUCUUCCUGUGCACACGAUGUUGUACCGUGCACCGAAGUAUGGGUGCCCACUUAUCCAAGGUCAAACAUCUGAAGUUGGAUAAAUGGGAGGACAGUCAACUAGAACGGAUGAUCGAGGUGGGCAAUCGAGCCUCGAAGCAAAAGUAUGAAAUGCGCGUUCCUGCCUGCUACCGACGGCCUCGAGAACACGAUCCACAAGUUCUCACAGAGCAAUGGAUUCGAGCCAAAUACGAACGGCUUGAGUUCUGUAUGAACGAACGACCUGCCUACACGUCCGGUCACAUGGAAGGUUUUUUGAUGAAACGCGGCAAAGAGGACAGUCGCUAUCAGCUACGUAAAUUCAUCCUAUCGGAGGCGGACGACACGCUUCGCUAUUUUGUCAAAGAGAAACGAGAACCAAAGGCAAUCCUAAGAAUUUCCGAACUAAACGUAGUAUUUGCACCUGCCAAGAUCGGUAACCCCAAUUCACUACAGUUGACUUUCAUGAAGGAUGGCACUACGCGGCACAUCUACGUGUACCACGACGAUCCAAAGGAAAUCAACAGUUGGUACAUGGCGAUUCGAUGUGCCAAGCUGCACCGGCUACAGAUUGCCUAUCCGAGCGCUUCCGAAAGCGAUCUGGUCGACUAUCUAACGCACGAUUUCGCCCGGGAGGGCUGGCUCCUCAAGACGGGACCCCGAGCCACCGACAGCUAUAAGCGGCGAUGGUUCACGCUGGAUGAUCGGAAGCUGAUGUACCACGACGACCCACUGGAUGCCAAUCCGAAAGGGGAAAUUUUCCUGGGCAAUCACCUCGACGGGUACAGCAUGCGAAUAGGGGCGCCCGUCGGUGCAAAGGAUCAGGGUUUUAGUUUUACGUUGUUCACACCGGAACGAACGUACAAUCUGUCGUCGCACAGCGAGCAGGACCGAGACGAGUGGAUGACCGUUAUUCAGAAGGUGCUAGAGCGACCGCUCAGCCCGCAGGAUAGUUCGAUAUCGGCACGAUUGAUCCGGAAGCGCGGUGGCACCAACUCGAUAAACAUCUUCACUGGCAGGUAAUAACCGAUUGAUUCGCUCUGUCUGUAUCUAUUUAUAAUAAGUUUUAGCAUAUUCAUCAUUGUGUAACAUUAUGUAAAACUGCUCAUUAGCAACAAAUCGAUAGCACACGCGGAUAACUAAUACCGUAUGGUGAUGAUAAAUGAUUGUGUGUGGUAGUGGUCCUAUCGAACCAUAGCAUAACCCAAAAGGAAGAAAUGUAAAUCAAUUGAUUUAAAAUCAUACACACUAAUUUAAUACUAUUUAACGACAGAAAGCUUUAGAUUUUAAGUGUGAACGUUCUUUUCGUGCGUGGGUUUUGUUCAUGCUGGGUGAAAAACCCCGAUGAGAUUCACAAAACUAAUUAUUGCACAUGUAUUUAUCCAUAGGUAGCAAUCAUAUGCCCUACGAAUUGUAGUUUACGUUUCAAGGGGUUAUCUUUUAAUAUAUGUUCGGGAUUGAACCAACUAAGAAUAUCUCUGAAGAGACUGGAUAACAAGUGAUAACAUGCGGAGGCGUUAAUGUAAGACCGAUAUUAGGCAAGGUCCGUGAAGAGGAGAAAGGGGAAGCAAUUGGGGCAGCAGAAACCGUUUAGACAGCAACUAAAAACACGCGAUGGGAAUGGCGACUUCUUCAUCUAACAAAAGUUGUACUAUUUUUGGUGUCUUGGAAGCUGUCAAGCAUUCCAGUAUUCGAUCGUCAUCCAAUCUUUUCAGGGAUAUCCCGAUAAUUCCCAAACCGCUUAAAGAACGUUGGUAGUUUUACGCAAUAUUUGAGCUGAAGCUGUAGUGGGAGACAUUGCAUGGAUUUGGAGAUUCGGAUUCCAACGAUUAUUCAUUGAAUUUGUGUAAAAUGUGGAUAUCUAAACCCCUAGCCAGGAUUGGCGAUGGCAAUUGAGAAUCGCGAGGCCAUACACAGUAUCUACAGCAGCGAAUUUAAUCAUCCACACAUAACAAUUAAAUCAUUGGAUGACUACAACAUAUAUACUCUAUCACUGCCUUUUUUGCCUGUUGUUCCGCCGCCAUUUUGGUUCAGGGCAAAUCAAAUCACGGACAUAAACACAAGAAAUUUUGUCUGAACUAAAACAUGAAAACGAUUUCAUUUUCUGCUAGAUAUGGAUCUUUACAAUCCUCAACAAAAGUUUAGAAAAUAAUUACAAACACGUACAAUAAGGCUGAUUUUCUUUUGAAAACUACCAACAUGCUGUUACAUAUACAGUAUAUGCAAUAGGGUAAGCUUUCCUUGUUGUGUUAUAAUUAUGUGUUACUGCAAAGAUCAUUUUCUUAGGGGUAGACAAUUGUGAUAGUCUCGCGAUUCCGAAUUGCCACCGUGGUUGGAUGUCUGAAUGCUAAAAAGUGGUUCAUUUCUAUUAGAAAGGUGUGUUCUAAUUGGUGCAAAGUUUGAUUUGCCGGUAGAGUUGAGAAUAUGUUAUUCAGCUUUGAAACAGCAAAUAUAUUUAGUUUUCAAUAGCCUCUAAAGACUUGAUAGAAAGACUUACUUCUUAAUUAAUUCUUCAUCUGAUACAUUGAAAAUGUUUCUCCAGUAGCUUGGUGCGUAUGCAGAUUUCGCUAUCAAUUUAUAAUGAUAAAAGAUAAAAGAGGCACAAUUCUCGCAUAAUCGUUACUUGCCACGUAAACAAGUUGCAAGUGUGAAGAAAUAGAAUCGGAAAACUAUCCCCACCGACAAGCUAUGAUAAGACUCCUUAUUCUCGGUCAUUUGCCGUUGGGGACUAAGGUUUUUUUUUCACACAACUGUGUAAAACAAUUUUAAAUGUAACAGCAGUACCGAUGCCCUCCGCAACCCCCUCUCCCAUUGGUUACGCUUUUUGUAUUGAACAUCACAAAAUUUGGAUAGGCCGUCACGCUUCUCGAAAUCGCCUCCUCCCUUUAAAAGCUUGCAAUAAUUUAUGGAUGACCUCUAAGUGUGAUGUCUGCUUUUCUGUGGCUUCUAGCACUGCGUAAUUAAAAAAUAUUUUUUUGAAAUAAAAAAAUAUAUCAGCUUUGGGCCCUCCUUAGCCGUGCGGUAAGACGCGCGGCUACAAAGCAAGACCAUGCUGAGGGUGGCUGGGUUCGAUUCCCGGUGCCGGUCUAGGCAAUUUUCGGAUUGGAAAUUGUCUCAACUUUCCUGGGCAUAAAAGUAUCAUCGUGCUAGCCUUCUGAUAUACGAAUGCGAAAAUGGUAACCUGGCUUAGAAACCUCGCAGUUAAUAACUGUGGAAAUGCUUAAUGAACACUAAGCUUCGAGGCGGCUCUGUCCCAGUGUGGGGAUGUAAUGCCAAUAAGAAGAAGAAGAAGAUCAGCUUUGUAUAGCGUUAGAACACACCAUUUCAAAGAAACAGAGAAAAUCCGUUCUCCAAUACUUUCAGAUUGUUUUUGGGGUUUAUCCGUCUUCAACGAUAUUUUUAGUGAAGCAAAAAAAGUAAACAAAAAUUCAAAAAGAAGUAAAGUAACUUCAAAUAAUAUUUAUCACCAUCAUCGCCGGACAUAUAUAGAGCAAGCAAAGGAUUAUGUUAGAAUAGGGGAAAACUUGAAACAUUAAAAUUUCACUAGAAUAUUGUAAGAUUUAGAUAGACAAAAUAAAAUGUUUGAAUUAACUAAAUUAAAUGAAAACUGGCAACAUAACACACACAUACCCGUAAUUGAUUCUCGUACGUAGGUAAUCACAUUAAAAUAUUAACCAGUUUAUUUAUUUUCAGUCAGAAACAGUUUUUAUUGAUGUUAUCCUUGGAAAAUCCGAGGCGUCUUGCCUGUAGACCUUUUUUUAUUCUUAAAUGACAAAUAAUCCUCGUUUAUUAUCGCUAUUUAAUUUUUGUUUUCCAAAUGAGCUUUCCUAAUUAUUUGUAUAAACUCGAUCAAGAACCUUUAUGCAAGGGGUAAAUGCAAUUUAAUAAUUCUAUUGUCUAUUUCUUGUGUUAUCAUAGCGAAAAUAAAUCGAAUUAAAUUAUAAUAACAAUAUAACUGAAGUUGAAACGGAUUGAUGCAAAUGAGUAGGAGAGUUGAAUAAAAAAAAAUCUGCCAAAUAUAGCUAAUGUAUAGAUUGGGUAACAGACCAAUUUGUGCGCACUGCCCUAGCGAAGCAACCAAUAAAUAGUAAUAGUCGGGGGUGGGUGCAAAUCCGAAUGCGAUGUAAAAUCACGAGAUAAAUAGCUCUGAUUAGAUUUAAUAGAAGGGAAAACAUUUGAUCGCAAAGGAAAUAUGAGACUAAUCAAUCUGGGAAGGAAAUUAAUGUGAGAACAACAUAAAGACUAGGAAACAAAAAUCGAUCUACUAGGGCUAAGAUCCCAAUAAAAAAAAACUAGUAUGAAAACAAGUUUGAAACCGGAAACAUACGA